UGCCUGCACCGGAAGUACGCCACACCGUGCCUCUGCCAAGAUGUCUGCGCCCGGUGAGCACGCCGUGGAGGAAAACGAGAUGGAGGAGAUGGACGAAGCGGGCAGCGAUGAGGACGAAGGGGUGGAAAUGGAAGAGGAAGGGGCAGAGGGAGAGGAGGAGAAGAAAGUGUACGUGCCCGGGAUCGAGCCGCUUGAGCCCGGGGAGGAGCUGGAGAUGGACCGCUCCGCGUACCGCAUGUAUCACGAGUGCCAGACAGGUGCUCCAUGCCUGAGCUUCGACAUCUUGAGGGAUGGAGAUGGAGACACCAGGGAGCAGUUUCCCCUGUCCAUGCUGCUCUGUGCGGGCACGCAGGCGGACACAGCUCUGAAGAACAGACUUUUGGUCAUACGCAUGUAUAACCUUCAUGGAACAGAGAAGGACAAAGAAGAGGAAGAGAGCAGCGAUGAGGAAAGUGAUGAAGAGGAGGAGGAUGAAGAAAAGAAACCACAGAUGGAACUGGCCAUGAUGCCCCACUAUGGGGGGAUUAACAGAGUCAGGGUGACGCAGGUUGGAGAGCAGUCAUUAGCCGCUGUGUGGUCAGACAAGGGACAGGUGGAAAUCUUUGAUCUCCGAUCCCAGCUGGAGGCCGUCCACAGUUCUGCUGCUAUGGCUGCGUUCAUCAAACAGCAGAAGGAGGCAGCAGCGCUCUUCAGUUUCUCAGGGCACAUGACUGAAGGCUUUGCAAUUGACUGGUCGCCUAAAGUACCUGGUCGGCUUGUCAGCGGGGACUGCAAGAAAAACAUCCACGUGUGGGAGCCGCGGGAGGGGGGGACUUCCUGGCAGAUUGACCAGCGACCUUUCAGCUCCCACACAAAGUCUGUGGAAGAUCUGCAGUGGUCGCCUACAGAAGCUACAGUUUUUGCAUCUUGUUCAGUGGAUCAGUCUAUUCGGAUCUGGGACAUCCGCGCCCCGCCCAAUUCAAUGCUCUCAGCCAAUGAAGCUCACUCGUCGGACAUCAAUGUAAUCAGCUGGAACAGGAGCGAACCAUUUCUCCUGUCAGGAGGGGACGAUGGACUCCUGAAAGUGUGGGAUCUGCGACAGUUUAAGACCGGGCGUCCCGUGGCCAACUUCAAGCAGCACAGCGCUCCCAUCACCUCGGUGGAGUGGAACCCCGUGGACUCCAGCGUGUUCGCCGCCUCGGGCGCCGACGACAUCGUCAGCCAGUGGGAUCUGUCUGUGGAGUCGUGCGACGUGGGCGCCAGGGUGGAGGCGGUCAGGGACCUUCCCCCUCAGCUGCUGUUCCUGCACCAGGGUCAGUCUGAGAUCAAGGAGAUCCACUGGCACCCGCAGAUGCCGGGCGUGAUGGUCUCCACGGCUCUGUCGGGAUUCAACGUGUUCAGGACGAUAUCCGUGUAGCGUGUUUGUGCGUUUUAGAGACAAAAGGAUAGUUUUGCAUUUACAUGAGUGAUACAUGUGUAACAAGCACUAAGAAGCUUGUAAUGUAUAUAAAUAAGCUGUGUAUGUAAUAAUUCAGCUUUUUGACAUUUAUUUUCCAACAAAGGCACCACAUUAUGGUCCCGUUAAACUUUCAGCCUGUAUGUUUACAGACUUUUGAACUUUUUUAGGCAUCACCUGCAUGCUUAAAAUACACUUUUGAUAACUUGACUGCUCUGUCAUUUACUUCUUGAAUUACUAAAGGAAAAAAAUGAGUUUCCUGUCACACAUCUCUAACCUUAAAUAUAAAUGGAAUCAUUAUGAAAAUGAUCAAAUGAAACACUUUUUUUUUCAGUAUUAAUGUGUGUGAAAUUUCAUUCUCACCAGCAGCUACCUGGUAUAGUUGGAUCUCAGGCAUUUAGCUUUUCAGCAACUUUCCUUGAAACAAAUAAAAGCCGAGGCUGGUUUCUA